CUUAAAUUGAAUUAUCUUCACGUCGCUUCGUGUGUAGAAGGGUGCUUCGCGACCGCUACCUCGACCUUGGUUGCUGUCUCAUGGUCAUUGAGCGAAGUUUAUACGUCGUCGACGAUUACAAAAUUAUGAUUGAUGAUGACGGAACGAUUUCUCUCUUGUUCAUAAUCGUCUUUUACUAGGUCCGUCGCCCCCGGAUGAGGCCGUCUUCAUCCUAGUUGAUCAGAUGUAGAAAGUGUGACGCAUAAUCUUCUUAAAAGACUAACUGAUUUGCGAAUUAGCAACUAAAAAUUGAAAAUGAAGCUUCUUCGCUCAAGUAGGCGCCUGCUUGUUUCUGCUCGUCGCGGUUUGCCCAAAGUGCACCCGUCCACGGGUAUGGUGCUGAAAAAGAGCAAAGGACAGCACAUCUUACAUAACGAGGGCGUCCUGGAUGUCAUCGUGGAAGCGUCAGGCUUGCGUCGCUUCGCAGACACGGUUUUGGAAAUCGGUCCGGGAACUGGUGUUCUCACCAUGAAACUGCUGGCACACGCGCGUCGGGUGAUUGCCAUCGACAUCGAGGAAUCCAUGCUGCACGAAGUGAAGUGCCGUGCAGAAGCGCUUGGCCUAGUGCGCCAUCGCAAGGACCUUGCCUUCACCACAGAGGAACGAAAGUCAGACGAAGACCUCGUCGAAAAAUUUUUCGUUGACCACGCACCACCAUCGCAGCAACGGCAAGGUGCAGAAGGCCUUGGCUCUGGGCAACGCCUAGAAGAGGUUGGUUCAGCUGAGGAAAGUCGUCUGGAAGACGUACAGCAAAAUGUACAGCAAUUCUCUAGUUCGGCGCCUGAGGUGAAUCCUGGGGGUCGGCGUGCGCGCAAUGCGAAACCCGCGGUAGAGGUUUUUCGAGAGGAGUUAGGAGAUAACUGCAACUUGAGGCUGUAUCAUGGUGAUGUGCUCGAUCAGCAAGUUUUUCUCGGCUCUCGCGCGCAGCUGACGCUUCCCCGUUUCGACGUCUGCGUUGCUAAUCUCCCGUACCGCAUCAGCAGCGCCUUUCUGUUCUUCCUACUGAAUUUAUGCGAAAUGGACCUAAAGGCGCACGAGGCAGAUAUACUUUGGACACGUACUUCCGCAUCGUCAUAGAGAGGAGAUCUCACUUGUGGUAAGUAAUUGGUAUUUCUUACCUCAAAAGCUAUAAGUUUUCGUGUGUUUCUAACAACUGCCCUCUGCCAUGAGCACACGAGAUGGAAGCGAGCAGUGCUGAUGUUUCAGGCAGAAUUUGCAGAACGGCUUGUAGCAGACCCAGGAGAGCACAAGUUUAAUCGCCUGAGUAUGAACGCGCGUCUAUUCUGCAAGGCAGAAAAGAUUAUGGAUGUGAAAGGCGGGAGUUUUAUCCCGCAACCCCAAGUCCGGUCCACCAUCGUCCGACUAACGCCAAGAACCGACGUCUGUCAGAAAAGCCUUUCCUCCAGUAUGAAGUCCAUCUCGAAAGCAGAGACUUGGAGACCACAACAAGGAUCAUCAUCUUUGAUUUCUCCGCUUGCCGCUGCCGAGGUCACUUUUUUGGAGUGGAACACAUUGAUGAAGCUUCUGUUUCAAAGACGCAAACGAACGCUAAUCGCCACGUUUCGACUUCGAAAAGUACAGAGCAUGCUGGAGAGCAACUACCGGAAAUUCUGUUCCGUCACUAGAACGGUUCCAAGAGGUAUGCGUGGCAUUGUUUUGUAGGCAUUUGCCGGCGCGCAGAUGACGAGGCCCUAUGCUAGCUUACUCAAUCUUGUUGGGAGAGAUAAAAAAGAUAUUCAUGGAGUUACCACGAUAGAAACGCUGGUUUACGGCAGAUUAGAGCUCGUCCUUGGUCAAUUGUUACGGCGAUCUUUUGUGAUUUCCAUCCUUUUGUUGUACUUCUAAUCCUCUCUUUGGCCUGAAUGUGCGCGAUGUUUGCGUGGAUUUGAUGGGCGAGCGUUUGGCUCGCAGGUGUGUUGCGGAGCUAGACGCGCCAGUUUUGGUCGAAAUGUUGCGAAAAUUUCACUCGCACGGCAUUUACAUCCAUCCAGCCAGUGUCGACGAGCUUUCCGCUAAGCAACGCCUCUCUGGUGACUUCUUUCCUGUUUCUGGUGACAACGGAGCACCCUUCGGUACCGGUGGCGGGUAUCACAGCCCCUACUUUCAUGUACCGGAUGAUGAGGUGGAAACAUCCGGGAAAAUCAACAUGAUGAGUUCAUCAGGUGCUGCAAAUGAAAAAGGGUAUUAUAGUUUGAAUGCUGACACGGGUGGUAGUGAAAUGAUAAGUAGAGCAGAGGCGGACGACGACAGCUUCCAAGAAGAGGAUUGGAACAAAAUUUUCGCCUUCCGCAGUACCGGUAGUGAACAUCGCGAGGAUCAUGUCGACAACAGCAACAACGUGAAGGACCACGGUGAUAGCGAGGAUUCGAGAAGUAGUCUAGACGAGCAAAACGUUGAUAUGAAUGACGAAGUUGACGAUUAUUGUACAGGUUCACCUGUAAAAAAACCGAAUUCCCCCACCGCGACCUUCAUUUCUCCUAUAGGAAGAACAAACGAGAUCAAGGUCAUGAGCUGUACUAUGGCCGCUACAACAAGAACGAGCUGCAACAGCGCAAUAAGCCCCAGAGCAUCAGUACCCAUCCCAACUACCUUAAAGAGUAAGAGCAGAUUGCAGGCGCACGUAGAAGAUGUGGUCAAGGAUAGUAUUAGAUUUGAAUAUGAUGAUCAAGAGCAAGAUGAAGAUCCGUUCGGGUCAAAUUGGCGCUACUCUAGACCAUUUUUGUCUUGUAAAAGAAGUAAAAUGGAUCACGAAAGAGAGUGAUGAGCGCGCAAAGAUCCA